AUGCAAACAAGAACGGCCGAGGAUGAGGCCAGAGAGAACGCAGUUCUUGCUCGGGUAGAGACACUACUCCAGAAGCGCAAUCAAGAACCCCGCAUUGAGUACGAAGACUCACCGUUUUCGAAACUGGCGAAGAUAUUCAAGGAGCAAGAAGUCCAAAGCGAACGGGAACGAGCCAAUGCAACAGCUGAGGUGUACAUGAAGCAGAUGCAGGAUGCCCAUGAAAAGGACGAGGCGAAAAUGAAACAACUCGAAAAUCUGGUAGCAGCUCAAAGGGCAGAGCAAAAGCGCAUGGAAGUCAUGUGGGAGGAAGAAAGGAAGAGCAUGGAAGUAAAAGCCGCCAAACAUGCUCGAGAAGUGAGAGACCUGGCAGCGAAAGAAAUUGCAGCGGCACAGUUGGCCAAAGAAACAGCUCAAACAGCUCUCAAUGCUGAGAGGCUGGAAGCCGAGAGAGAGGCACGAAGAAAAGCUGACGCCAUGGUCAUAGCGGAAAGACAACGAACCGACGAAGUCCACAGGUUGCAAUUGCAGCGCUACGAAGAGCUACUUCGUGAGAUACAAGAGCAGCAGCUGAACUCAGAGCAAGACAGCAACCAGACUAUAAGACGGACUCGCGUUGCGGAGGGCAAUCGCAGUGAGGACGUAACAGAAUAUGCGACAAGCCGAGCCAUCACAACCACGCUCAUAGAACUUCCCGUCGAGACAGCUUUCACAGCUGCGCGGCCUCAAUACAUGCUUCUCUGUCAGCAGUUGAUCGUCUUCCCCGCCAAAGCCGACAGACGCUCCCAGAGGAUGGGUGAACUACAGAGAUCGCUAGCUGGUUUUGGCAUCGAGUCUGCCUUUGAAGACGUCGAAGACGCGCAUCCACUCCACAACCGUCAACUUAUACAGUAUGAAUACGACAACACGAAUGUUCAGGUUGUCAAGAGUACUAUAUUCUGGGAAUCACCCGCGCUCAAACUAGGAAGCGAGCUUCUGCUGACUAUGAGGCAAGCCGGAUGGAGACCGAGUUACACUCGCAUAUCAGAGAAAGGUCAGACUCACUAUCUCGGAAGCCAACCGGUACAUACUUACUUCUUCGACCCUGAUUACGAACCCCAGUUCUGCCUAUCUGAGACAGCACCAGGCAAAGAGUCGAUCACUAUUCAGAAAGCUCUCCUGGAUGAGUAUGCGCUGAUCGAGAUGGGCUUCGAAUUCCAAGUCAACGACAUGGGAUUAUAUAUCCUCGACGGCAGUCUGUCAUAUAACGACAUCGAGAAUCUGAUUGAACGGUCGUUCCUCAUAAGGGAAAACAACUAUCGGCGACUACACCGACAGCUACAAUGGCAUUUCGAUAAAGACCCUGAAUUACCCUUGAGUGCCUACCCGGCAACAAAACUUCAUAAGCAUCGCGCCUUCUACACGCUCCUUUAUCAAUUUCGCACCCUAUCUUCCACGCGCAUUCUGUACAUGCGCUUCAAACACUUCCUCGCCCUCUCAGACCCACGUCUUUACACGCUCGCCAACUUCCGCGUCCGCUCCCAUUGGCGCACCAUGGCCGCCGCUCCGCCCCCAGAUCGCCCGAUAAAGCUACUCAUGCUCCAUGGCUACACACAAUCAGGGUCACUAUUCCAGGCCAAGACUGGUGCACUGCGCAAAACACUACAGAAAGCCUUUCCCAAGGGCAUCGAGCUCGUAUACCCUACUGCGCCGAUACGAUUAACACCCGCCGACGAAUCGUUCCUAGCAGGAAAUACAAGUAAAGAUGGCGAGGGUAAAGAUGCAAAAGACGGAGAGGAGCAAGAAAUUGAUGCAUGGGCGUGGUGGAGGCGGAAAGGCACAGGAGAGCCAUACACUUACGAAGGCAUGGAGCAAGGGUUGGAGCGCAUCGCAAGCGUGUUGAAAGAACAAGGUCCUUUUGACGGUGUCGUGGGUUUCUCACAGGGAGGAGCAGCGGCAGCUAUGGUCGCGAGUUUGCUCGAGCCAGGCCGUCGCGCCGCCUUUGAGAAGCUGUACCCUGAGGGCGGCAUGAGGUUCCCAGAGUCUUUCGAAGAGGACACUGGGUACAUGGAGGGCACAAUACAUCCGCCACUGAAGUUCGCGGUCAGUUAUAGUGGUUUCGCAGCGCGUGGGAAGAACCCUUAUCACGCGUUCUAUGAGCCUAAGAUCAAGACACCGAUGCUACAUUUCUUGGGAACGCAGGAUGUCGUGGUUGAGGAGGCGCGGAGUCUGGCAUUGGUCCAGGCUUGCGAACAUAGCGAGGAGAAGUACGUUGUGUAUCACCCUGGGGGUCACUUUCUACCAAGCACGCAGAAGGCCAGCGUCAAUGCGUUGAUUGGGUUCAUCAAAGAAGUCUUGCACGAACAGCAGGGUGGUGGCAAGAAGGAAGAGGAAAGUGUUGAGGAUAUGGAUGUGCCGUUUUAA